AUGCGUGUCAGCUCAACGCCCUUGGCGGUCCAGAGUCAGAAGUUCCGUCAGAGCUUUGCAGAGGAACUUGGUGACAAGUACCACUACGCGAAUGCCAUCGACAGCUCUCUGCUCUGGACUGUUGGGUACACCCCCUACAUUCCUGCAGCUCUGAAAGGAAGAAGCUUCCCCUCUGUCGAGAGCUUCUUCCUGGAUGAGUGGGAGCCACUGACAUUCCUGCAGACUCCUCAGGUUCUGUCCACCAGUGUUUCCAUCGAGGAAGACAACCUGAUCCAGUCUGCUGCAGGCCUAGUGUCUCAGGUUCUGUCCACCAGUGUUGCUAUCGUGGAGAGUGACCUGAUCCAGUCUGCUGCAGGCCUAGUGUCUCAGGUUCUGUCCACCAGUGUUGCCAUCGUGGAGAAUGACCUGAUCCAGUCUGCUGCAGGCCUAGUGUCUCUGGUUCUGUCCACCAGUGUUACCAUCGUGGAGAAUGACCGGAUCCAGUCUGCUGCAGGCCUAGUGUCUCAGGUUCUGUCCACCAGUGUUUCCAUCGUGGAGAAUGACCAGAUCCAGUCUGCUGCAGGCCUAGUGUCUCAGGUUCUGUCCACCAGUGUUUCCAUCGUGGAGAAUGACCUGAUCCAGUCUGCUGCAGGCCUAGUGUCUCAGGUUCUGUCCACCAGUGUUGCUAUCGUGGAGAGUGACCUGAUCCAGUCUGCUGCAGGCCUAGUGUCUCAGGUUCUGUCCACCAGUGUUUCCAUCGUCGAGAAUGACCAGAUCCAGUCUGCUGCAGUCCUAGUGUCUCAGGUUCUGUCCACCAGUGUUUCCAUCGUGGAGAAUGACCUGAUCCAGUCUGCUGCAGGUCUAGUGUCUCAGGUUAUGUCUACCAGUGUUGCCAUCGUGGAGAGUGACCUGAUCCAGUCUGCUGCAGGUCUAGUGUCUCAGGUUCUGUCCACCAGUGUUGCUAUCGUGGAGAAUGACCUGAUCCAGUCUGCUGCAGGCCUAGUGUCUCAGGUUCUGUCCACCAGUGUUGCUAUCGUGGAGAGUGACCUGAUCCAGUCUGCUGCAGGCCUAGUGUCUCAGGUUCUGUCCACCAGUGUUGCCAUCGUGGAGAAUGACCGGAUCCAGUCUGCUGCAGGCCUAGUGUCUCAGGUUCUGUCCACCAGUGUUGCCAUCGUGGAGAGUGACCUGAUCCAGUCUGCUGCAGGCCUAGUGUCUCAGGAGCUGUCCAGCAGUGAUGCUAGAGUGAAGGAUCGUGAUGAUUCCACACUGAGAGACUCCAACCAACCUGAGGUCCAUGUGGCUGAUGUCUCAACCAAGAGAAGUAGACUAGUCAUCACUAUUUCUAUGUUUUCAACCGAGCGUUGCAAUGCUUCGGUCCAUGAAGUUGAUGCUAUUGCUACCAGCCUGGAGCACUCUGCUGAGAAAAUGUCUACCUCUACCGCUGAUGGCCACAUUGUUUCAUCCACUGCUGUUGCCAAUCAGAAGAAAACAAGGGGUGGAUUCGUCUCAGCUCUUCGGAGAUUGUUUACGAGAAAGAACAGGAAGCCUGCUAAAGUGGCUUCCAAGAAGGAGCACAUUCACUUGGUUGACCGCCUCAAUGCUGAAGUCACCCACUGAGGACACUCACUCACUGCUGAAAGCAUCCAGAAUGAUGCUUCUGUUUCUCCUCAGCGCCACCUACACCCCUGCCCCUCUCCCCCACACCAAACCCUACCAGGGUUGGGGUGAAAUCCAGAUCAAUUCAGUCAAUUCAGGAAGUAAACUGAAAUUCCAAUUCCAAUUGUUUCUCAUAGGAGGCAAUGAGGUAAAUUUGAAUUGCUAUUGGAAUUUCAGUUUAUUUACUGAAUUGACUGAAUUGAAAAUGAAUUGACCCCAACCCUGAUCCCUAAGCCCCCACCCCAUCCAUUUCUAUCUUCAGUAAAUUUAGUAGAAUUUUAUUUGAAUGUGUUUUGUAUCUUCAUUAAAACCACAAUACAUCUCUAAUGAGGGUCACUCAUGUUACACAUCUAGAUUUAUCCUCAAAUAUCGUAGAAUUCAACAAAUGCAGUGGUUUAGCAGUUCAACUUCAGUACUUGUCAAUGAGUCAUUGCACUGUGACCUUCAGAAACAUGUAACAUUGUGGAACAAUUGAAAACUUUUGCUGACAUUCUGUUACAAUGUAACUACACUGAACAAAAAUAUUAACGCAACAUGUAAAGUGUUGGUCCCAUGUUUCAUGAGCUGAAAUAAAA